AGCCAAUAUUUGUGUAGGAAGGUUGUAGAUGUAUUGCAGGGGAGAGGGUCGGGCGUGUGUGAAUGCACAACAUUCCUAUUAAUGCUUUUUAUGUUAUUAGGGAACAAUAAAAGUUGAAGGCCUUACUCUAAACUUACCUGAAAUUAAAGCAGCAAAUCAUAUCAAUAUUAAAGCCUUUGCAAAGAUGCAGAGGCUAAGACUUCUCCAAAUCAAUCAUGUGCACAUUUCUGGAAACUGCAAACAUUUUUCGAAGGAGUUGAGAUGGCUAUGUUGGUACAGUUUCCCUUUGAACUCCAUUCCUACUAACUUUCAUCUUGAGAACCUUGUUAUACUUGAGUUGCAAUAUAGCAACAUCAAAUAUCUUUGGAAGGGAAUUAAGUUGCUGAAGAAACUGAAAGCUCUGAAUCUCGGUCAUUCCCAUGGCCUAACUCAAAUUUCUGACUUGUCUGGACUCACCACGGUUGAGAAAUUGGUAUUUGAAGAUUGUAGAAGUUUGGUCGGCAUUCACCAUUCUGUUGGACAACUAGAGAGACUUGUUUUUUUAAGUUUCAAAGACUGUGAAAACCUGAGGAAUCUACCAAACAGCAUAUUUCCUAGUGAGAUUGGGAGUAUGUGCUCAUUGCAACUAGUAUCUGUCGCCUUUCUCAACUUAAGUCGCUAGAGUUGCAAAAUUGCACAAGGCUUCAAUUUCUUCCAGAACUGCCAUCAAGUUUAAAGUUCUUAGUGGCAGGUCA